UUGAGUGCAGACCGACAGUUGGAACGAGUAAACAUUUCCCUGAGCUGUACCUUGAAAAGACGGAAAUGUCAUGAGAGAUCGAUUGGUGGUUAGUGUUGAUUCGAUAAACGAGCGAUCAACCUACUAAUAGUGGUUCUUCUUCAUUGCAUUAAGAUUCUUUGUAAAUUUUAAUUCCAGCAGUUUUUCAGAUUGCAGUCUGAAGUUGAUAGACACACAGGUAUUAUGCCAGGGUUAGAUUUAAAGUUUCUGGAGCGACCGAGGAGGAGGUUUUAUUGUCCUCUGUGUGAGAAGCCGAUGCGGGACCCUGUGCAGGUGUCCACCUGCGGACACAGAUUCUGUGACACCUGCCUGCAAGAGUACCUCAGUGAAGGUGUGUUCAAGUGCCCAGAGGACCAUCUGCCGCUGGAUUAUGCAAAAAUUUUUCCAGAUGUGGAGCUGGAACAGCAGAUUCUUUCCCUGCCCAUCCGCUGCAUCCACAGUGAGGAGGGCUGCCGCUGGACCGCCCAGAACAAGCUCCUGCAGGCCCAUCUGUCCAUGUGUGAGUUUAACGUGGUGUCAUGUCCGAACCGCUGCUCUGCGAAGCUUCUGCGACGUGAACUGCCGGAGCACCUGCAGCACGACUGCGUGAAGAGAAAACUACACUGUGACCACUGCGGGGACGAGUUCACUGGGGAGGCGUAUGAGAAUCACCAGGAUGUUUGUCCAGAAGAGAGUGUGUACUGUGAGAAUAAAUGUGGGGCUCGUAUGGUGCGGAGACUCUUGGCCCAGCACUCUGUGUCCGAGUGUCCCAAACGCAAACUGCCCUGCAGAUACUGCCGAAAAGAGUUCCUCUAUGACACUAUUCAGAAUCAUCAGCAGCAGUGUCCACGCUUCCCUAUGCAGUGCCCUAACAGAUGUGGCACACCAGGAAUCACUCGAGAGAUGUUAAUGGCACAUGUAAAGGAAGGAUGCAGCACUGCGACGGUACUUUGCCCGUUUAAGGAGGCUGGCUGCAAACAUAGGUGCCCAAAGACUGCAGUGGGGCGACACCUUGAGGAGGCCACACACACCCACCUCUCUCUUCUCGGUGGUCUGGUGAAUCGCCAGAGGCUGGAGCUCAGGGAACUCCGGCGUGCAGUGGAGGAACUCUCUGGAAGUCGAGAUGGCACUCUGCUCUGGAAGCUCACAGACUUCAGUCAGCGGCUACAGGAAGCUAAGAGCAGGACUUCUGGGUGUUUGGAGUUGUUUAGUCCCGCAUUCUAUUCCCAUAACUAUGGUUACCGUUUACAAGUGUCUGCCUUUCCCAAUGGGAAUGGUAGUGGCGAGGGCUCUUACUUGUCAAUCUACAUUCGCGUUCUGCCAGGAGAGUACGAUGGGCUGCUGGAGUGGCCUUUCCCUUACCGCGUUUCCUUCUCGCUCUUGGAUCAGAGCGACCCGGCGCUCACUAAACCUCAGCACAUCACAGAGACCUUCAGCCCAGAUCCCACCUGGAAGAACUUCCAGAGACCACGGCCUGGAGCUCUGGGAAGUGUCCGUGGGGGUUGUCUGGAUGAGACCAUGCUGGGCUUCGGCUACCCAAAGUUCCUCUCCCAUGAGGAGAUGAGGAAAAGGAACUAUAUAAGAGACAACGCUAUUUUCAUUAAAGCCUCCAUAGAUGUUGUCCAGAAAAUACUGAACUCUUGAGUUCUGAAAUAAAUGUUAAAUAAUGUGAAAAAUGAUCAAUUGUGGGCCGUUUUGCUUACAUUCAAAGUAAAGAUUUAUAAAUUAAAAAAAAAAAAAUAAUCAAUGCUUUAACACAAAUGAAGGAUAUUUAGAUACUGAGAAGGAUAAAAAAAAUGCAAAUUCAUUGUCAUUUGCAUGUACUUUUCUGCAAUAUG